AUGUCAAGCUUUCUUGACUACGUUUGUUUGGUGACUGGGGCUUCUCGUGGAAUUGGAAAGGGGAUAGCCCUUAGCCUAGCUGAUUUGAAGGCCACAAUUUACAUAACAGGCCGCACUCUCGGUUCUGGAAAAGAUACCAAGGGCUCCCUGGAAGAAACCGCUGCGGAGAUCACAGCUCGAGGCGGUAAACCCAUCCCCGUAGUCGUGGAUCAUAGUAAAGAAGAUGAAAUCUUUCAACUCUUCGAACGGAUACAACGCGAACAACGUGGCAGACUGGAUGUGUUAGUCAAUAACGCAUACGCUGCUGUUCCCUUCCUACUGAAGCAUAACGGUAUGACCUACUAUGAAAUCGAGGAUUGCACCCCGGGUGAAGCAUGGGAUACUGUGAAUGAUGUCGGUCUUCGAAACCACUAUAUUUGCGCCACACUAGCCACUCGCAUGAUGCUGAAGGGUCGUGAUGCAUCUAUGCCACCUGGCCUGAUUGUAAACAUCUCAUCCAUGGGCGGCAAGCGAUACCUUUUCAACACUGCGUACGGGGUUGGCAAAGCGGCGAUGGAUCGCAUGGCCAGCGAUAUGGCAUUCGAGCUGAAACGUCGCAAGGCAAACAUCUGCAUCAUCAGUCUGUGGCCCGGCAUCGUUCGUACCGAGCAUCUGUCCUCAGCAUCUGGAACCAAUAUCAGCUGGAACAUGAGCGAUAACACAAUAUCUGAGUCCCCAGAACUUUCCGGUCGUGUAAUCGCUGCACUGGUCUCGGAGUCACCGCGCAAACUUAUGGCUCGUUCGGGCGAAGUGGUUUUAGUGUGUGAUGUCGCCCACGAGUAUGGCAUACGCGAACCAGAAGGCAACUGGCCUCCCAACUAUCGUUCCCUGCAACUACUCAUGCGCUUGGGUGGUUACAACAGACUGAGUGCUUUUGUGCCUGGCUUUAUCCGUUUGCCGAAAUCCACAUUCAUGAAUUUUGUCGCAUGGCAUGCAGAACCUACCUAA